AUGGACUCCCCGCUGUUCAGGCCCGCGGCGCUCGCCGCCAGCGCUUGCACCGCAGUGCAAGCGGGAGUAUGGUUUGUGCUGAGCUUGAUGGCACUGCUGACUUCAGUAGAAGUGCUAGGUCCCACCACAAAGGAAGAUGCCGAUAAAUACCAGUCCGUGACAGGACUUUUCAACCUCGCCAUGAUAAGCUGUUAUUUUCCACGGUCUAUGUACUCAGGUUGCUGCACAGACAUAAUUCUGCGUGGAAAGCCCUUAAUGGGUAUCAGCAUUGUGUAUGUGUUGGGAAGUUUGGUUUGGAUUUGCUCUUCAACACUUCUUUUACUGGAUAUGAUGAAUAAAGAAAAGAAUGCAGUGAAACUUACGCUAACUUGGGCCGGAGUAACGUGGAGUAUCUCAUUGCUUGAUUUCGUAGUAGCGAUAUUAUUUGGUAUUGACUACCAUAAUAUUGUGACUACCUGUGAGGUGGAAUAUGGAAGUCUAUACGCCAGUGUGGCAGGGAUGUUGAUGUCCUUGAGCGCACGAGGCUACGUCCUAUGGGCGCUAAACGUCGUCGCCGCUUCACUUCUGUUCCGCGCAGCCAUCAAGGAAGCGUCGGCGAGCAGCCGCCCGCGCCGCUACUCGGGCUCCUCGGGCAGCAGCGUCUACCACUCGCCGGCGGACGCGCUCCAGGACAGCCGCAGCAUGGUGUUCCAGGCGCAGGCGCAGAGGGGACAGCCCUGGGUGACGCCCGGCACCAUCCCGCGCAGCCGGCCCGCGGCGGCCCCGGCGCCCUACGCGCCCCUGGCGGCGUGGGGCGGGCACUCGCAGCCCCCCGCCCCCGCCCACAGCGAGUACGGGCACGCCCAAGUGCAGCGCGGGGGGCUCGCCGCACGCAUGGCGCAGUUUAGAAAAUUGAUGUAUGAAGUCACAAUAGAGAUGACAUACAAA